AUGGCAGCUGCAAGGACCUUGCUUUACUCCUCUCACAGCAAAACAUUCUUCUUCCCAUUUUCAAAUUGUUGCAAAAAACUACACAGACCCAUCAGUAAUAAGAAUCCUAGCUUCAUCCCUAUAAGGUGCUUGCAGUCAGCCCAGCAAAAUGCCUUCACUACCAAUCACCCAAUGCGCAGCCGUUCCAGCGUGGUUGACAUCCUCGAAGAAAGGGGCUUGCUUGAAUCCAUCACCAGUGACAAUCUCAGGUCUAUCUCUACAGCUAGUACUCUCAAAGUUUACUGUGGUUUUGACCCAACUGCUGAGAGUUUGCACUUAGGUAACCUUUUGGGAAUAAUUGUUCUCUCCUGGUUUCAAAGGUGCGGCCAUAAAGCUGUCGCCUUGAUUGGCGGCGCCACCGCCAGAAUUGGAGACCCAUCUGGCAAAAGCCUGGAAAGGCCUGAGCUUGACGCUGAUACUUUAGAAAAAAACACACAAGGGAUUACCGAUGUAGUUUCAAGAAUCUUGAAUAUGAAUAGCAGUGGUAAUGUUAAUGGUGAUGUCAGUCGUUUGAAUUCAAGUUCUCUCUUUGUGGUUAUGAAUAAUUAUGAUUGGUGGAAAGAGGUUAUGUUGCUUGAUUUUUUGAAACAAGUAGGGAGAUUUGCAAGGGUGGGGACUAUGAUGGGCAAAGAGAGUGUAAAGAAGAGGCUUGAAUCAGAGCAAGGAAUGAGUUAUACUGAAUUCACUUACCAGCUUUUGCAGGGUUAUGAUUUUUUAUAUCUUUAUCAAAAUGAGGGUGUUAAUGUUCAGAUUGGAGGAAGUGAUCAAUGGGGCAAUAUAACUGCUGGUACUGAACUUAUUAGAAAGAUUCUUCAGCCAGAUGGGGAUGUGGCUUAUGGCCUGACAUUCCCUCUUCUAUUGAAAAGUGAUGGCACUAAAUUUGGGAAAUCAGAGGAUGGUGCCAUUUGGCUUUCACCAUCGUUGUUAUCUCCGUACAAGUUCUACCAGUACUUCUUUUCGGUCCCGGAUGCUGAUGUUAUUAGGUUCUUAAAGAUACUUACUUUCUUGGAUUUAGAGCAGAUUGAUGAGUUGGAGAGGGAAAUGAAGAGACCUGGCUAUGCCCCAAACACUGCUCAGAGGAAGCUGGCUGAACAGGUCACUUAUUUUGUUCAUGGGGAGGAUGGACUUAAUGAGGCUCUCAAGGCAACUGAGGCUUUGCGACCUGGAGCUGAGACCAAGUUGGAUUGGAAGACCAUUGAGGGCAUUGCUGAAGAUGUGCCUUCCUGUUCUUUGGCCUAUGACCAAGUUCUCAAUAUCUCUCUUGUUGAUCUUUCUGUUUCUGCUGGUCUGCUUGAUAGUAAAUCAGCUGCCCGCCGUCUGUUAAAGCAAGGAGGGCUUUACUUGAACAACAGCAGAGUUGAUAGUGAAGCUAAAAGAAUUGAAUCUCAAGACAUUGUAGAUGGAAAAGUUCUACUUUUAUCUGCGGGCAAGAAGAACAAGGUCAUUGUACGAAUAUCUUGA